AUGAAAGUGUGGAAAUCAUAUCUUAUUAAGGAGGUUUUUGAGGAGAAUGAAGCAAUGGUGAUUUGCCAAAUCCCUUUAAGUCCAGGCUUUCCGAAGGAUAAGAUGGUUUGGAUGGGCACAAAAAAUGGUGAGUUUACUGCUAGAAGUGCUUAUCAUUUGUGCAAAGAAAUACAAGAUAAAGAAAGGGGCCAAUGCUCAAGUGGGGUGAAGGGGGAGGAAAUUUGGAAAGCAAUUUGGUUCAUGGAGCUAUUAAUGCCCAAUAUGAAUAUAGAAGAUGCAUGUCAACUGAGUCUGGAACUGAAGAAGGCCGAACCUCUUGUUGUGAUCGACAAAGUAGGUGGACCCAUCCUCUGGAAGGAGUGGUUAAUAAAUAAUGACCGUUUCCGACUCAAAACCUGUACUCCAUCUAAUUGGAUUGCGACGCGUAUUCUAGUCUACGUGGUGCACCCAAUCACAACGAAGGUUGAGACGAUACGCCCGGGGAUCCUAGCAACAUUUAUCUCCAACUACAAAUAUAAAAGCGGAAAAAUAUUGAAGAAAGGGGUUUACAAACAGAUUGCGAGAGAGAGAGAGAGAGAGCCGGAAGGAAAGGAAGGGAGAAGAGAAGGGAUCGCCUGUAAUUCUCCGUCGUUAUCGUGUUCUAACUGUUUCCGGCCACCGGAUCUCCCAGUAAUCAUGACUACAUCAAGGCGUCUUGCUGGUAGGAAGGUGGAGAAGUUUGAGAAGAACAUUACGAAGAGAGGAGCUGUGCCCGAAACAACCGCUAAAAAGGGCAAGGACUAUCCCGUUGGUCCUGUUCUGCUUGGGUUCUUCGUUUUUGUUGUCAUUGGCUCAUCUCUCUUUCAGAUAAUCAGAACAGCAACAAGCGGUGGCAUGGCCUAAACAUACCAGAACUUUGAGAGAUGGCAGCAGAUGGACUUAUGUCUUUCGACUCUUUUUGUUAGCUGUCUAGGAAACUGAUGAAUACAUUUACUAGUAAUCGUUCGUGUUGUGAAGAAUUCAAUUAACUUUUAAUAAAAGAGACGUCUUCCUUUGCUGCUUGUGAUAAA